GUUGUCAAAUAGCUCCUAUAUUCCUUCCACUCAAACCCCAAACUGGGCAACAUUAAACUUCAUUAGAUAACCAAGAAAAGCCUCCUGGGACGGAUAAGCGAGGAGGAAGAAGAAGAUUUCAAGUCGCACUGGGAAUGAUUGAAGCAAGAAAACUGUAGAGGAGGAAGAACAUGGUGAUGAUGAUUGCAACUUAUAAUGGCGCCUUGAACCCGUCAACCCAAAUACCUAAACCCCAUCUCUGCCGUCAUAAACCCCUACUUUCUAACCCGCUUCUUCCGCCUCUGCAUCCCAGACGCAUCUUCUCCGCCAAUUUGCGGCGGAUACCUCGCGGCAAGCUCAAUGUCAGUCCCACCGCGCUUAGAAUCAGCGCUUAUCAUACGUCUUCUUCUUCUUCUUCCUCUUCUUCAACUCCUAUGAGUUCCAAGGCAGCCAGUGAAGAAGCCGAGUCGCUAUUCGAGAACUUGAAAGAGGGUGAAAGAGAAAGGAUAAAUACUUUACAGGAGUUUGAAAGAAAGGCAAAUGUUCAAUUAGAGAGGCAGCUUGUGUUAGCUUCAGAAUGGAGCAGGAAGCUGUUAACCUUGCGUGGAAAGUUGAAAGGAACACAAUGGGAUCCUGAGAGUUCUCAUCGAAUAAGCUAUAGAGAUUUCCAGCAGUUGCUUAACUCAAAUAAUGUGCAGUUUAUGGAGUACUCAAAUUAUGGCCAGACAGUUUCUGUGAUUCUGCCAUAUUACAAGGAUGAGAAAAAGGAAGAUCCAAAUGGGGAUAAAAGACAAGAACUUGUUUUCAAACGCCACAUUGUGGAGCGUAUGCCAAUUGAUUGCUGGAAAGAUGUUUGGCGGAAGUUGCAUCGACAGCUUGUAAAUGUCGAUGUGUAUAAUGUGAAAAUGCUCCCGCUUGAAGUAUAUUCUACGGUUGCGGUUGUGGUUGUGUGGUCUAUGAGGCUUGCUGUUGCUGUUGCAUUGUAUAUUUGGAUUGAUAAUAGGAUGAGACCAAUUUAUACAAAGCUAAUACCGGUUGAUUUAGGGGCUCCUUUCAAGAUGAAAAAUAUUUCAAUAAACAAUCCAUCUUUGGGCUCAAUAGGAAAGAGCAGGGCAAAAUUUAUAUCAGCUGAAGAAAAAACUGGUGUUACUUUUGAUGAUUUUGCUGGUCAAGAAUAUAUUAAGAAGGAACUACAAGAGAUUGUUCAUAUUCUAAAGAAUGAGGAAGAGUUUCGAGAUAAGGGCAUUUAUUGCCCAAAAGGAGUGCUUCUCUAUGGACCUCCUGGAACUGGCAAAACACUUCUGGCAAAAGCUAUAGCUGGUGAAGCAGGACUUCCUUUUUUUGCUGCUAAUGGUACUGAUUUUGUUGAGGUGUUUGAGGUGGUCCACCUCAAGGCGGUGAGUUUAAGCCUCUAAGGCUUAGGCCUCAUGUUGGUAUUCUGAGGCUUACGCUCUAGGUGGAUGGGGUGUAUUGAGGGGUAUGAGGCACAAGGCUUAAACGAGGAUUAAGCCUCAGACUUUUAUCAUAAUUUUAUGGAAGUUCUUAAAAGUUAUUGUGGACAUUUAUACACAUUAUUAACUUUGCUUUAUUUUUGGCCUUUAAAGCAACUACAGUGUAAAUCAGUGUAAAUAGUAAAAACAAGAAACCGAGAUUUAUCUUGGUAAAACCUAGGUGCUGAUUAAAAAAGACAUUACCCU